AUGAGGUUUAUCGAUGAAGACAAUAUUACAGAUGACCAGAUCUUCGCUCGGUUGGAUGAGAUUCUCGAUGACCGUAAUGAUGAACUUCAGCAACAAAGAUCAAUAGGUGAGACUAGCGUAAUAUUACCCCAGGAAGAAGAGGCUUCAAUUGAAAUAGUGCAGACAGGCACAACUGUGGACAUUUCAACUUCAAAUAAGUAUAAGGUUCGAGAAAAAAAAAUUACAAAAACAAACAAUAAAGAAAAUUUACUACAGAAAAAAACGCUAAAGAAACCACCUGAGCAAAAAUUAAAACCGGUAUGGAAAAAUGAGAAUUUAGAACUAGACAGUGAUGAAAAAGUUUUCAAAAUUGAAAACUUAGUUAUGCCGGAGAGAGUUUCAGACUUAGAGACUCCUUAUCAAUAUUUUAAAUAUUUCUUUGAUGACUCUAUUCUUGACAAAAUUUGUUUUGAAAGUUCACUUUACUCUUCGCAGAAAGAUCCACAAAAAACUAAAAGUUUAACCACCACAGAGCUGGAAAGAUUUUUAGGGAUAGUUAUAAUGUCCUCAGUUGUGAACUACACUAGCGUAAGGGACAUGUGGAGUUCACUUAUCGGGAAUGAUGUUGUCAAAAAUAGCAUGAGUGUAAAUGCUUUUGAGUCAAUGAGGUCCAUUUUGCAUUUCAAUGACAACACAAACAUGAAGCCCCUUGAUGACCCCGAUCGAGACCGACUUUUCAAAAUAAGACCCAUAGUUGAACAUCUAAAUGAGAAGUUCUCUUCAGUCCCAAUGAGACCUUCUUUGUCUGUGGAUGAGCAGAUAUGUGCCACAAAAACGCACCACUACAUGAGGCAGUACAACCCUCGCAAACCACAUAAGUGGGGAUAUAAGCUGUAUGUUCUUUGCGAUGACAAAGGUUUCUCCCACCAAUUUGAGAUUUAUUCAGGCCAAACUCAGUCUAGACUUGCCAGUGAGCCAGAUUUGGGAGAGACGGGAAAUAUAGUGGUGAGGCUCUGCAGAAAGGUUCCCAGAAAUGUGAAUUACACAAUAUAUUGUGAUAAUUUUUAUUCUAGCCUUCUCCUGUUUUCUUACUUGAGAACUCAAGGUAUUUUUGCUUUGGGAACUUUUAGGAGGGAUAGGAUCCCCAAUAUUCCAUUUACUGAUAAAAAAGAAGGAAGAAAAGAGUCAAGAGGAACUUCAGUGGAGUUCACUACUAAUGUCAACGACACCAAAUUGUCCAUGGUUUUCAUGGAGGGACAAUGA